AAUUAUUUAGGUAAUUUAUUUAAACUACAAUAUAAUGGGUGGAGAACAUUGGAGGAAAUCCCCCAAACCCCUUGCCUAAUAGUAAUGUAGCUAGGUUUGAUUCUUUAUUUCUAGUUAUUAGUCAACAAAUAUAUGCAGCCAUACGCUCAGUGUUACAUCAUAGGUAAGGCUAUGUUUUAGUCAUGGGUAUUUUUAGUAAAAGUCAUGGACAGGUCAUGGGCAGUAAACAAAAAUUCAUGGCCCAUGACCUGUUCAUGACUUGUACUAUAUACCUCUGACUAAAUCUUGGGGGUGCUCGGGGCAGCAGCACAGGGGCGCUGUGUCCGCUGGCACGGGGGUGGCCCAGAGUUGCGCAGCCCAGGACCACCGCUGGGGAGGGGGCACAGCUGGCAGGCUCCCUAUCUGGCUCCGUGCCUCCCUAGAAGCAGCAACAGCCCCCUCCUUCAGCUCCUCAGUGGAGGCAUGGCCAGGCAGCUCUGCGCGCUGUCUCCGCCCCGAGCGCUGCCUCCGCAGCUCUUAUUGGCCGGGAGGAGGAUGUUGCUGCUUACGGGGAGCCCCCAAGGUAAGUGCUGCCCAGAUCCCUCACCCUGUCCCAUGACCCAACCCCCUACUCUCUCCUACACCCAAACUCCUGCUGCUGCAGGGGGGCACGGUGACCCGAGACUGCCCCAGCAGCAGCCUGUGCAACUUGCCCAGGGGCUGCCCCAGGGCCAGGCUCACCAGCCGCUGCAGAAGUCACAGAAAGUCCCAGAAUCUCUGACCUCCAUGACAAACUCACAGCCUUAAUCAUAGGAAACUGAGCAAUAAGGGAGGGCUGGGGAGUCAACUCAUAAUUUAUAUUGGCUACUGACCAUCUCCAGAAUGGUCAGCAGCAAACAGUUCAUGGAGCAUAUUUUGAUAGGAAACUUUUUCAGUCCAAAAAUGUAGACCAGUUCAAAUCAUUAAAGCACCAUAAGCAUUUAUAAGGCCACACUGUCCUUUACACCACUCUGGUAAUGUAAAGGAGCUUUAAAACUUUGACAUCUGUUUUAUACUCCUGGGGGAAUUCACAAAGACAAUGGGAACAAUUGACUAAGAAGACAGGCUGCUACGUUCUGCUCUGCCUGAGGGGACAGAGCCUGCCCCAUGCCUAACUCCUCAGAAACACCCUGAAACUCUGUCCCUCCAUGCCAAAUGUGCCGCAAUAGUGAGCGAGAGGAAGAGAAUGUCUCUCUGACACGCACGACUGCUCAGCUGCUCUUCCCCCCACUUCAGGAGCCCAAACCGACCUGCCUAUGCUGCCAAGGAGGAGUGCAUGACUGCUCUUGCAGCUUCCCUGUGCUUCUCCAUCAGAAGUCAUUUUUCUGUGGGGAAGCAUAGAAAUCUGCAGAGGACAUGAAUUCUGCGCAAGCGCAGUGACACAAAUUUCCCCCAGGAGUACAUUACACUGUGGCUGCAUGGAGUGUAACAGAGGCUUUUAAAUGACAAUGAGAUGCUCAGUGGAGGACUGAGAGGACACAAAAAAGGUGGCAAAUGAAGGGUACUGAGAUUAUGGCUGAUAUAAAUGGACUAUACAUUGUAUUUUCCAGACAUAGGAAGUUAUACAAAGGUAACACCCCGCCCCCCGCCGCCUACAACCCAAACCCCUCAGGAAUCAUUGGUGUACCCCUCUUUCCCCUGAGUCUGUCUGUCUGUCCGCACAGAGAGGCGUUUGUACCAGGCCCGCCAUUCGACCACGGGCUUGUCCAAAGCCCGGCAUACUCCGAGCUCGCGGACGCUCCUGACCAACGGCGGCGGGAUUUCCAAGGUCGCGGCCGUGACCCCGCCAGGGAGGCCCGCCCAAGCCGGCGCCUCCCGGGGCUCGGAGCACUGAGGUGAGGAGACAGGCUCCGCCCUCCGGAGCGCGCUCGAGGACGCAGAAGGGGGCGCUCUGCGCGGGCCGCGCUGUGACAGCGGGGAAGCGGGCGCCUAUGAGAGGGGGCGUGGCUUAGCUCUCGCCCAGGCCGGAGCACCCACGUGAUCCAGGCUGCUUCCCAGGAGCCCCUGCACUUGCCCCGGAAGCGGAAGUGUGCAAAGGGGGAGGGGGAAGGUAGGGAGCGCAAGUGUUGCUCGCGCGCAGGUUUGCGCCCUGCCCUCUGCCGGCCAUGGCGCGGAUCUCCCGCACGCUGCUCAUCUUCGGCGGGUUCGUGGCCGUGGUGGGGGCGGCGUUUUACCCCAUCUACUUCCGGCCGCUGCUGCAGGUGGAGCAAUACAGGAAGGAACAGGCAACAAAUCGAUCUGGUAUUGUUCAAGAGGAUGUUCAGCCUCCAGGGUUAAAAGUGUGGUCUGAUCCAUUUGGAAGGAAAUAACAUCGUCUUUGUACAUCACAAGGUGUGACUGAAGAUGGAUAUGUUCAAAGCAACUAUUUUGACUCAUACACUGAGUGUAUUGUUCGGGUGUUGCUGGAGAAGGAUUCUUAAUAUGGUGGUUUAGGUAGUCACUUCAGUGAAUGCUGCUGAUUCUGAAGAUUAAUACUAAAUUUUUCUUUAGAGUUCCGUAGCUUCUGGAACAAAAUGGACUGACUGAGAUGGCUGAAUUAUUUUUGAGUUUAGAGCUGAAACACUUUUUCAUACGUUUGAGGGAAGAAAAGAGAACUUGCUAUUUCGUUCAAUCUUUAGCCAUUUAUAGAAUAAAUAUGAUUAGAAUAAAUUAUGCAGAUCAUUGUAGUUUACUCCACUGUUUGAUUAUUCCUUCUUGAGUUUAUAAAUACAGAUGAAAGACAUAGUAUAUGCAAGAUGGGUGAACAAUGCAGAAAGACUGUAAUGUGAUAUAACUGUAAAUCUGUAAACAAUAUUAAAAUCAUGUUUUUAUUUAAA